UUUCAAGCUUGACGGGAAAUCUCCGCUCGUCCGGCAAAUAGACAGCGAAUGUAUCCAGGCAGUAUACAACGGUUGUAUUGAAUUCAGCCAUGAGGGUGUAAUCUAUCAGGGGUAUGCCUCAAGGGGGCAUAUAUAUAUAGAGAGAUCACACAUCUCACAUUCUACUAAGAUGAAGAUAUAAGAUACUACUGAGCACUCAAACAUACGCCAGCGAACAGAAAUCUUCCCAGCCAAAAUGCUCCUCAAUUUCCAUCUCCCCCUCCACGUCCUAUCACUGCUCCUCUACACCCUCACCUGCACCGCCAGAACAAUAACCCCCAGAUCUGGCACCCUCGAACAAAUCACCUCCUUCGGCUCUAACCCUACCAACGUAAAAAUGUACAUAUACGUUCCGACCAACCUAGCCCCGAACCCAGCCAUAGUCGUCGCAAUCCACUAUUGCACAGGAACAGCGCAAGCCUUCUACGGCGGCACACCCUACGCCCAAGCAUCCGAAAAACACAACUUCAUCGUAAUCUACCCCGAAAGCCCCUACGAAGGAAAAUGCUGGGACGUCAGUUCGCAGGCGACCCUCACGCACAACGGUGGUGGUAAUAGUAAUUCGAUAGCUAACAUGGUGGACUGGACUGUGAAGAAAUAUGGGGCUGAUAAGAAGAGGGUGUUUGCGGUGGGGAUGAGCUCGGGGGCUAUGAUGACUAAUGUGCUCGCGGCAACAUACCCCGAUAUCUUCGCAGCUGGUAUCGCCUACGCGGGUGUUCCUGCUGGCUGCUUUCUCUCAACUGCUAACCAGCCCGACGCGUGGAAUUCGACCUGCUCGCAGGGUCAGUCGAUCACUAGUCCGCAGCAUUGGGCUGACAUUGCCAAGGCGAUGUAUCCCGGAUACAGUGGUUCUCGGCCUAAGAUGCAGAUCUAUCAUGGGAGUGCUGAUACGACCUUGAAUGUGCGGAACUAUCAGGAGACAUGCAAGCAGUGGGCGGGCGUGCUGGGGUAUCAGUUUGAUGCGCCGAAGGAGAAGAAAAGUAAUACGCCUGAGGCGAACUAUGAGACUACGGUUUGGGGAGAGAAGCUGGUGGGGGUUUUGGCGUCGGGGAUUGGGCAUAAUAUUCCGAUUCAUGGGGAGGAGGAUUUGAAGUGGUUUGGAUUUGUUUAGAAUUUUCUUCUUUUUUCUUUGGAGAGUGGGGUCUCUUAUCCGGUGUUGUUUGUUCGUUUGGUCGGUUUUUACUAAAGACGAUGUUCGUGUAUUCAAAGAUUUCCAUAAUGAGUGCUAUCUCGGUCUAUUUGAUGAUGUAUACUCAACGAAGCCAGGUUAGCAGACCCAGCUAUCAAUUGUCACACAGCAAUGGAGUAAAU